AUGGUACCAGCAAACAGGAAGAAGAAGUUGUCCAUGGAUCAAAAAAACUGUCUAGCACAAUUCCUACUCCAAAAUCAGCAGCUUGAUGGAACUAUACGUCACAAAGCUCAAAAAGAGGCUGCACAAAUGUAUGGAUUAACCACAAGGUCAGUUAGAAGAAUUUGGAUGGAAGUAAAGCAUCAACAAUCUCAAGGUAUUCCAGUGCAUUUUCAGCAGAGAAGCAGAGGCAUCAUACAUAAAGAUAAGUGGAAAAUUGAUGAAGAGAAAAUUAGAAACUUAUCUGUUUUAGAGAGGUCUACUAUCAGGAAGAUGGCAAAAAAACUGAAUGUAAGUAAGAGUUUGCUGGGCAUUUGGAUAAAAGAGAAGCUAAUUAGGCCUCACACUAGUGCUAUAAAACCAGCACUUAGUAAGGUAAACAAGCUUGCUAGACUCAAGUUUGCCUUGAGUCACUUGAGAUUUGAUGAUGAUACUUUGAAAUUUCAAUCUAUGAGGAAUGUAAUCCACAUAGAUGAAAAAUGGUUUUUCAUGACAAAAACUACCGACAGAUAUUAUCUCUUACCUAAUGAGAUAGAGCCACACAGAUCAUGUCAAAGUAAGAGGUUCAUUCAGAAAGUUAUGUUCAUGUCCGUGGUUGGCAGGCCACACUUUUCUAGUGAAGGGGAAUGCCUUUUUGAUGGGAAAUAUGGCAUUUUCCCAUUCACAACGCAGGAGCCAGCAAAGAGAAAGUCAAAAAACAGGAGCAAAGGCACAUUAGAGACAAAGGCCAUUCAAUCAAUCACUAAAGAAGUGAUAAAAGCUUGUUUAAUCAAUCAGAUUAUUCCUGCCAUCAAGGCUAAGUGGCCAACUACCGAGCCUAAGGAAAUCAUCAUACAACAGGACAACGCAAGACCACACAUCUUAGCAACUGACAAAGACUUCAUUGAAGCAGCAAACACAGAUGGGUUCAAGAUUAGUUUGAUUUGUCAACCACCAAACAGUCCAGAUACAAAUAUCAACGACUUAGGGUUCUUUAGAGCCAUACAGAGCUUACAAGAUGACAAGAUGGCAAACACAGUGGAUGAUCUAUUGAAGAAUGUGCUCUCAUCAUAUCAAGAGUUAACAGCACACACUCUAAACAAUGUCUUUCUAACCCUACAAGGCUGUUACAUAGAAAUCCUCAAGGUAAAAGGUGGGAAUGAUUAUAAAAUUCCACAUAUGAAGAAGGGAAGACUCUCAAGAAUGGGGCUACUGCCAGAAUGCAUUGAAGUUCCUGAAGUGCUAGUUAAGGAGAGUUUGGAGUACCUUAUGCUGCCAGAGAAUGAAACAGGUAAUAACUAUGACCUCAGUAGACUCACAACUCAUUAUGGCUACUAA